AUGACGACUCCAUACUUCGAAAACACACCGGAGAAGCAGGCGGGUGUUAUUCAUUUCUUCCGAAAGACGGCCAUUGUGACCGGCUCCAGUUCGGGUGUUGGCCUCGAGACUAGUCGUCAGCUUCUUGAUCUUGGUCUCAGCAAGCUUUAUCUAGCUGUUCGCAAUGAGAAGAAGGGCGCUGCAGCUGUUCAAGAUCUCACUCAAGGCUGGAAUCCUCCUCUAAAGGAAGGCGUUAUUGAGAUAUGGAAGUUGGAUCUCGACUUUUACGACUCUAUAAUGGCCUUUGCUGAGAGGGCUAAGUCCCUACCGCGCCUUGGCAUUGUUCUUUUGAACGCUGGGCUGUGCCCUGCCAAGCGUGUUUUGAACGAACAAACAAAACAUGAUGAGGUUAUCCAGGUCAACUACCUUUCAAACGCUCUUCUCGCUCUCAUUUUGCUACCUGCUAUCAAGGUCACGCGCUUAAACUAG